UAAAUUCCAUGGAUUCUCAGCAGCAGCAGCAGCAAGGCAAUGAGAUUCAAGAAGGUUCUAAGAACGGCGGCGGCGGCGGCGGAGUGAUGUGCAGACAAAGCAGCACUCGUUGGACUCCGACGAGCGAGCAGAUUCGAAUCUUGAAGGAGCUCUACUACAACAAUGGCGUCCGCUCCCCCACCGCCGAGCAGAUUCAGCGAAUCUCCGCUAAGCUCCGACAGUAUGGCAAGAUCGAGGGCAAAAACGUCUUUUACUGGUUCCAGAAUCACAAGGCUCGUGAGCGACAGAAGAAGAGAUUCACCGCCGAUCACCACCACCACCACCACCACCAUAUCCCCAUCCACACCCACCGCCCCUCCCCCCCGCCGCCCUACCACCACCACCACCACCACCUCUCUCCCGCCGCCCCAAUCUACAACAAGCUCUCCUCCAUCAACGCCGCCGCCGGUGGCUUUCCAUCGGCGUCUGGUUCUUCUCCAGGUGUUCUGAGUCAUGUUGCCAACAUUGGGUAUGGAGCUUCCAUGGCUAUGGAGAAAAGCUUUCGGGAGUGUUCCAUAUCUCCCAAUGGCAAUGGUGGAGGAUCAAUGGGGCAAAAUUAUGCCAAUUGGAUAGGGGUUGAUCCAUAUUCUUCUUCACAAUAUUCAAUUCUUGAGAAGAGAUCAAGUUACACCAUUAAUGGCAGCAACCAAACCCUAGAAAUCGAACCAGAGGACGAGGAAGAAGCCGAGAUCGAAACCCUUCCCCUCUUUCCUCUCCACGGCGAUAAUGUGAAGCUCGAAAACGAUUACUUCAAUGCAUGGAACCACCACUGCGCUGUCGGCGACGAUUCGAUGGCUGCCGGCUCUAGGGCUUCAUUGGAGCUCAGCCUAAACUCCUAUGCUGCAAGAUUCCCAAAUUCUCCAUGAACAAGAGCUAUGGAAUAUAUAUAUAUAUA